UAGUUAUUUAGCAUUUUGAACCUCGUGGGCGUUCGGGAAAAUUUCGUCAUUAGGCUAUUUGGGACAUUCUGAGCAUUUCUCGUGUUUUAACUUUCUCAAUCCGGAGUACGGUUUGCCCCGUAAAUGAUCCGGUACGGUUUUAUUAAUAUUUUUAAAGUUAAUAAUUAUCUGGUUGUCUCGUAAUGCGUGAAGCAUAUUCAAGGAAUAUUCCAAAGCAUAUUCAAGGAAUAUUCUGUUAUCUUCUUCUAUAAAUAUCCUUUACCAGUUUAUUUCGCACGUACAAUCAUUUCGUCCGUUUCUCUGCACGAAUACCGAGAGAAGACGAACGGGUGUUCUUCGUGUUCUUCAUAUUCAAACGAGGAUUUGAAGGCGUUAUCGGAAUCCGAUGGAGGCGUAUAAAUAGUCAAAACGAAGCUCUCGACGCGUAGAAUCUAAUACAAUCAUCCGUUUCAGUGCAGAAUCAUCAGACUGGAUGAUGUUUCAACUGAUGAAAAUCAAGCAUUCAACUGAAGACAAAGUGUUCAACUGAUGAUGCUGAGGAAUUCAACUGAUGAGACUGGAACACCAUCCAACUGAUGAAGUUUGUAAUUCAUUCAACUGAUGAGUCAGGCAUUCAACUGAUGAAGUCAAGAGCAGUUGAAAGUAACCAGAACUUUCAACUGAUGAAGCAAAGAGCAGUUGAAAGUGACUAGAGCUUAAGUCUGACAAAUCACAUGGAUCGAAUUACACUAAAAUAGACAUGGAAGCCUAAUUAGGAAAAUAAAGAAGAAGCAGAAACAUACUUAUCUCAUGCAGUGCAAUCUGGAUCAAAUCAAGAUGAUGGUCAAAGAUGAAGACAUCUCAGAAAGCAUGCAUAAGACAAAGUUGUGCAGCAUUGUUUUUAGAUCAGAGUGCAUUUUGUAAUCUAGCUAAAAACUUUGUAAAACUUGGAGUAUAUAACCAAGUUAGUAGCAUCAGUUGAACUUGUUCAAAUUACUUGAAAAGAAAAAUCUGAGAGUUAGAACUUGUUGAGUGAUGAACCAGCAGCUGUGCGAAUUGUAAACAAUCCACAGAUUCUUCUAUAUAAAAUCUCACGGGUGGAUCAUUCAAUCCACCCGUAUUUUUAAUACUUGGUGUUUUUCUGUUUACUGUUUUCUUAGUGUAUCAUUCUUGAAUCUUUUAAGUUUGUAAAAGAUUGUAUUCAACCCCCCUUCUACAAUCUUUCUCAUAGUUGGUGUAAAAUAACAAUUGGUAUCAGAGCCAGGUUCCCAACAAACAGGGAAAAAGAUCAUCACUGCUAGAGAAAGAUGGGAAAGAAGGAUGCUGGAGUGAAGAUUCCUGUUCUUGACAAAGACAACUAUUUUCACUGGAAAGUAAGAAUGCAUCUGCAUCUGUUGUCCAUUGAUGAAAGCUAUGUGAACUGUAUUGAAAAAGGACCUCAUGUCCCCAUGAAGGUCUGCACAAGUAUGGGAGCUGAUGGUGAAGACAUGGUAGGUAAGAUGAUUCCAAAACCUAUCCAUGAAUAUUCUCAAGAAGAUACUGAAGAAGUGCACAAGGACAAGAAAACCAUGAAUCUUCUGUUCAAUGGUUUGGAUCAAGAAAUGAUUGAUAGUGUUAUUAGCUGCACAAGUGCCAAAGAAGUUUGGGACACCAUCAGGACCAUCUGUGAAGGGAAUGAGCAAGUUAGAGAGAACAAGAUGCAGCUUCUGAUUCAACAAUAUGAGUCAUUCCAUUUCAAGGCUGGUGAAAGUUUGAGUGAUACAUUUAACAGAUUUCAAAAACUGUUAAAUGGUCUAAAGCUCUUUGGAAGAGUUUAUCAAGUUAAGGAUUCAAACUUGAAAUUUUUAAGAGCUCUUCCUAAAGAAUGGAAACCCAUGACAGUCUCUCUCAGAAAUACACAAGAAUUUAAAGACUAUACUCUAGAGAGACUGUAUGGAACCUUAAAGACUUAUGAGCUUGAAAUGGAGCAAGAUGAAGAGAUUGAGAAAAGCCAAAAGAAAGGGCAUUCAUCUGUGGCUCUAGUUGCAUCUCAGGAAGAUACUGUCAAGGACAAGGGAAAGUCUCAAGUUGAAGAAACUGAGAAGUUGGUCAAAGAGGAGAGCUCAGAGUCAAGCAAAGGAAGAAGAAAGGAGAAAGAAGUAGCUGAUUCUGGUGAAGAAAGUGAUGGAAUUGAUGAACAUCUAGCCUUCCUGUCAAGAAGAUUCUCCAAACUGAAAUUCAAAAAGAAUUUUAAUUCUGCAAAAUCUUUCAAAGGCAAUCCCAAGUCUGAUAGAAGCAUGGUAGACAGAUCAAAAUUCAAGUGCUUCAACUGUGGGAAUGCAGGUCACUUUGCAAAUGAGUGCAGAAAGCCUAAAGUUGAGAAAAAUUCAAGUGAAAACAUUGACUACAAAAAGAAAUAUUAUGAACUUCUCAAACAAAAGGAAAGAGCAUUCAUCACAAAGGAUGAUUGGGCAGCUGGAGAUGAUUCUGAUGAAGAGGAGGAGUUUGUCAAUCUAGCUCUAAUGGCCAACUCCACAGAUCAAGAAGAAAACACUGGAAGCAGUAGUCAGGUAUUCACUACAAACUUAGUUGAGUUAACUAAAGAUGAAUGCAAUGCUACUAUUAAUGAAAUGUCUACAGAAUUGUAUCAUUUGCAUGUUUCUUUAAAAUCUCUCACUAAGGAAAAUAGUAGGAUUAAGGAAGCUAACACCUUUCUUAGUGAUAGAAACAGUGUCUUAGAAGCUCAAUUUAUUGAGUUUGAGAAGCUUAAAAUUGAGUGUCAGACAGCCAAGGAUGAUCUCUUGGUUGUUCUGAAAAGAGAAGAGAUCAUAAGAAAGCAGCUUGAUAAGGAACAAGAGAUUAUUGCCAAAUGGAAAUCUGGAAGGGAUGUUUCCACCAAUAUCAUCAACAUGCAAGGUAGAGAGACCUUUGUAGAAAAUGAGUGGAAGAGGAAUAAGAAAGUGCUUGAGAAAUCUGAGAAUAGUUCAGGUGAUGAGAAUACUGAUGAUGAUCAUCAGUUGAAGAACAAAGUCUCAACUGAUGAGAGUCAUCAGUUGAACAAAAACUCAUCAGUUGACAAGAGUGUUCUCAAGAAGCUUAACAAGAAAUAUGGCCCUGUUAAAAAGAAUUUUGUUAAAGGUGAGAAUAGUUCUUCUGAGACUAGUGAUAGUGUUAAUAACACUCUUCAUUCCAGUAACAAGAACAAGAAGAAGUUGGAUACUAGUGAGCAUAAAUCUGAGGAGACUAAAAAGAAGAAAGGAAAUAGAAAUGGCAAAAUAAGAGUUAACAAGCACACCAAUUACACUCCCAAUGCUAGUGCUCUUAGGAAAACCUGCAGUAAGUGUGGUAGUGUAAAUCAUUUAUCUGCUAAUUGUAAAACUGUGGUUGCUCCUAAUUUAUCCUUGCCUAUUCCUAUGACAUCUGUUCCUCACAUGAAUUUAUCUGCUAUAAAUAUGAUGCCUGGUUUAUUGCCUCACAAUCCUUAUUCUCAGCCUAACAUGCCAUAUAUGUUCAAUCCUUAUUUCAAUGCCUUUAACAUGCCUCAAUUUCAUUCAAACUUGCAUGGAAUGAACAAUUUAUGCAUGUCUCAAAGGCCUGUGUUUGAAAACAGAGUUGAUGUUCCAGUUUCUCAACCAAAACCAAAGAUUGAACCAAUUCAAUCCAAGGAAAAGGUUGAGAAAGUGGAAAAGGCUGCUAAGACUAACAAAUCUGGACCCAAAGCAAUUUGGGUACCAAAAUCAACUUGAUCUGUUUGUGAAAUGUGUGCA